GUCCGCUUGGUUAAUUGAUCAUAUUUAUAAUGACACGUAAAAAAAACGGCACAGUUUAUUAAAACGUCCUCCUUCACCUGCGCACUAGGCUUGUGCGCAUGUCAGGACUCGGCUAACAGUUGGUUACACUAAAGAUGGUCGCUCUCAGAGGGUUUUGUAACAGGUUCUCCCACCUGGCCAAACUCGCAGCGCAAAGGAAAUACCGGAUAUAUGACAAAUGGUGCGCCAUAACCACUGUCAUCAUGGCGGACAAGAAGAGCCAGGCGGUGUCAGAUGGAGAGUUGAACAUGUCUGCGCGGGGCUGUGGAGGCAGCAGCUCCAGUCUUCCAGGGACUCCAGGCGGAGAGGCCAGCCCUGCCAACAGUGUGCUGAGCUGGGCCGUCUCAUUUGAGAAGCUGUUGGCGGAUCCCCAUGGAGUCCAACACUUUACGUCCUUCUUGAGGUCUGAGGUGAGUGCGGAGAACAUUUUAUUCUGGCAGGCUUGUGAGAAGUUCAGGAAAAUCCCAGCCACCUCCCUGGGUGAGCUGAAAGCAGCAGCUCGCUCCAUCUAUGACACCUACCUGUCUGACAGCGCUCCCUACUCUGUCAACAUCGAUGACACCGCCAAGACGGAGGAGAAGGACCUGGAACAACCCACACCUGACAUGUUCAACAAGGCUCAAGCGCAGAUAUUUAAACUGAUGAAGAUGGACAGCUACAGGCGCUUUGUGCGCUCUCCUCUUUACCAGAGCUGCACCUUGGCAAGUGUAGAAGGCAAACCUCUACCUCAGCCGGCCCGCUUGGGAUCCUGGGAGGACGUGGUUACCAGAAGCCCCUCGCUCAGUGACAAGAAGAACAAGACGUCAGACUCCAACAGCUUGCCAGGUGGAAAGAGUGCCUCGGAGAAGCAGCGCCAGAAAAGAGGAUCCUGGGGAGAUGCAUCCAACAUCCAUGGCUUAGUCCCUGGAAAAGAGCUGCAUAUGUCAGUGAAGUCAAGCAGCAGUGUGGAGCUCGGCUCCCUCUACAGGCAGAUAGAGAACGGCAGAUCGAGUCCCCGGUCUCCAGAGCAGGGUGGUGGAGGUGUGGGUAGGCUAGGGGUGGAAGGGGGCUACUGCUGCGUCUACCUGCCUGAUGGCAGUGCCUCUCUAGCCCCCACACGUAAUGGCCAACCCAUCAAAGACAUGCUGGCCAGCUUGUGUGAGAAGAGGGGAUUCCCGCUGAAAGAUGUCAUCAUCUAUCUUCACGGCAAAGACAAGCAACCCUUGUCACUGGACCAGGACUGCUCUGUACUGAGAGAUCAGCAGGUCUCUCUCGAGCUCAGGGUGACGUUUGCACUGGAGAUUGCCUUCACUGGAAAAACAGUGGGGAUCAUGGUGAAGUCCAGUAAGACGCUGCAGGAAGCCCUCUCUGCUGUGCUCCAGAAACACCACCUCAAGCAGCAAGAGGCGCUGGUCACCAUGGUUGGAAGCGAUGAGACUGUGAACAUGACCGGCACUGUGUUCAGACUGGCCAAUAAGACGCUACGGCUCGAAAGAGCUAAAGGAAGAGACGUUUCCAGAGCCAGUGGUACAGCUGCAGCCGCACAGGUGGGAGCUGCAAGUUCAGGCGGCGUGGAGGCGAGAUCAUCGCUGCAGACAGAUAGAGCCAGGAAUCAGCCCAAGCCCAGUAAGAACCGCGACAUGGAUGGGUUUCUGGAGAUGCUGACGAAAGCUCAGGGCUGCAGGGUUGAUGACCAGCGAGGCCUUUUGACCAAAGAGCAGCUGGAGGUCCCACUGUUCCUGCAGCUAUCCUCAGACCAGGGUCUAGACGAGGCCAGCACCACCACCGACUCCCCCACUGCUGACUCCAAAGAAGACAAGUCGUCAGUAACUCCAAGUUCAGCUGGAGCAGCGGAGAAAACCUCUGGGUCUGGUCAAUCUAAACCCAAAGACUUGAGGGAAACAGUACUUUGAAAGACUGUUGUUCAGUUGGGGUGGGAGGGGGGAGUCACAGACGCGAUCAGAAACUAUGACAAAUGUCUCGCAACUUCAUGUUACCAAUCAUGUCAAAGGAUAGAAACUUGUUUUUUAUUGAAAAAUGGUCAAGCACUUUUUAAAAUUGUUUACAAAUAAGCUCUGAGACAGCAGUGUUCUUCCAUCUCUGCUGCUGCUAGUUGGCCUCUUGAGGCAACAUGUAAAGAAGAAGCAAGCAUUUAUAGUGUGAAACACUACACGUCUUAGUGAGAAGAAUGUUUGCUAUGAAUUGUUUAUCGUAUCCAAAAUGUUUGAAAAAAAAGUUUUAGCUCACCCUAAAGCCAGUGUGCUCGCUUAAAUGUUCCCAGACACAGAUGUGUCUGGUUUUUAUGCUGUAAAGUUUGUCUCACAUUGCUUUUCUCUGAACUCUAAACUAAAACAUGUUUCACCACAGGACUGUCCAGAGGGAGGAUCUGAAGUGUAUUGCACAAAAUGUUUUUCCUUUUAUUUGAAUUAAGAUUAUUGACUUUUUUUUACUAAGAUGAGUUUUAAAGUAUUUUUAAAUUACUAAUUUUUCACUCUGUGUGCUAACUUGCUGUUUUCAGGUGUGUGUUUGCAGCACUUAAAAAGCAUUUUGUAUGCUGUGAUGCACUUUGAGAAGCCCUGGUCGAGUCCUGUUUUCCUGCCACCUCAUACUACGUUUAAAGGUUCAGUUCAUGAAUUAGUGAUGUGCUACAACAGGGAAUUAUUCAGAUGAUGUGAUCAUCAAAAAUAUCCCACAGGGUGUAUCCAGAGAAUUAAAGUGUUUAAUAAUGAAAUGUA